AAUCUGAAAAUAAGCAGCGAGCCUGUCUGUGCGUCGGGUAUAAAAGGCUCACAGCGUCUUCUCACCACAGUUCACUGCAACAACUCUGCACUGAAAACGUCUUGUGGCUUCUUCAUUCCCUACUUCAGGAUGGAUUUUCAAAUCUUUGCUCUGGUGAUGAUGUUCCUGGCCUGUGUGGAGCACAGCCUGGCCUCCUGUGUGGUGGACAGCUUCACAGUCAAACAGGACUUUGACCCCCAAAGAUAUGCAGGAAAGUGGUAUGCGCUGCAGAAGAAAGAUCCCGAGGGUUUGUUCCUGCAGGACAACAUCUCUGCUGAGUACACGGUUGGUGAUGAUGGCUCCAUGGUGGCCUCCUCCAGAGGCAGAGUCACUCUCUUUGGGUUCUGGGUUGUCUGUGCUGACAUGGCUGCUCAGUACACAGUCCCUGACCCUGGCAACCCUGGUAAAAUGUUUAUGGACUACCAGGGCCUGGCCAGUUACCUGUCCAGUGGCGGUGACAACUACUGGGUCAUUGAUACAGACUAUGACAACUAUGCCAUCACCUAUGCCUGCCGCACCCUGAAGGAUGACGGAACCUGCGAGGAUGGCUAUGCUCUAGUCUUCUCCCGCAACCCCCGUGGCCUCCCCCCUGCCAUCCAGAGAGUGGUCCGCCAGAAGCAGGAGGAAAUCUGCAUGGCCGGACAGUUCCAGCCUGUGCUGCAGUCCGGAGCUUGCUAAACAAAUGCUAAUCUGGGGCAUGUUGAGCAACCCUACAUUAAAGUGGAUCCAAGAGAAUAAGCCUGUCACAUUCCAACUAUGUGACCAACAUCAGAUAAAUCCAAUCCAAUCCAUAACCCUGUGAAAACUUUAAACCUGCCACGACAAAAAUACAAUUUAGAUCCACUGGAAACUAUUAGCGAUGGAGUGGAUUUCGUCAAAUAACCAGCUGUAUCAUACUGUCACACUGGUGGGUAACAUCUGCACUGUGCCAUUCUGUAUCGGUGACAAUAAAUUUUGUAAAGAAA